GCUUGUCUUGAUGAGAGCCAGAACACAGACGAUCUGAAGCAGCGUCACACUCUUCUGCUGGGAUUGAGUUCUUCUGAAACUGGACUUUAGAGAAAUGAUGCUCAUCUUUGGACUGAUGCUGCUGCUGCUGCAGACUGCUGCAUGUCUGGAGUUAAACUGCAGUUUUGAUCAGUCUGAUCCCUGUUACACAGCUCUGGGACACAAACUCAAUCUGAUGAUGGUGCUGGACGCUAGUAAAUAUGACCUGCAGUUAAAAAACAGAAUAAACAACAACACAGCAGAUGGUCCAGUUUGUAGAGUAAAGAAUGACAGGAUGAGGAUGAGUCAGUGUAAUCUUUAUAAUAACAGAACUGAUGUGACAGUCAUUAAUGGGACUCUGAUAAUAAACCGUGUGAUCAGAGCAGAUUCAGGGAAUUACAGAUUAACUCUCUUUCACUCAGACGGCUCAGAAACAUCUAGAGAUCUUCAAGUGAUUGUUGAAGCUCCUAUUGGCUCAGUGAACGUGUCAUUCAACUGCUCCUCCAAUCAGACUUCAGUGUUCUGCUCCUCUGAGGGGGAUCAGCUCCUCUACAGCUGGACUCUGAAUGGAGAUCCACUGAUGGAUGGAAACAGCAGCAUUGAUCUGGAUGAGAGAACUGAUGGAGACAUCAGCUGCAGCGUGAAGAACCACGUCAGUCACGCACAGAACACCAUUAGACUCAAACCCUGUCCUGAGCCAACUACUGCAGCUGUGACCUCUAGUGUGACCUCUAGUUUGACCUCUAGUUUGACCUCUAGUGUGACCUCACAGGCAUCAGAAAAUGGUACAAGUUUCUCAUCAGCUGGUAUGAAUGUCACCACGAAUGUCACUCUGAGCUCUGAAGAGAGAUGGAAGUUUUUACUCUAUAUGAUUGCUUCUGGCUGCGUUGCUCUGAUCCUGAUUCUGCUGUUCAUCACCGUAUGUUACGUUUACAAGAAAAAACAGCAAAAGUCGACAACAGCAGCUGCUGGAGAUACGGAGCUCAUAUACACUGAUAUCUCUCCUGAGAAAAAGGAUGAAAAUAAGACAACAGAAUCGCUGCCAGCUGCUGAAGAGGAAUACGCCUCAGUCCGACCACAGACAAAGAGGAAGAAGAAGAAGGAGGAGGAAGAGGAGGUCCAGUAUGGUGAGGUGACGUUCACUCCGAACCACUCAGUCGCUCCACAGCAGCCUCAGGAGGAGUGUGUUUACGCGCAGGUACAAAGUCGCUAGUCUCACAAUAACAAGAUCGCACUUUACCUGGACCACCAAGUGCUUUUUUCACCUAUGUUUGACUUUGUGAGUUUUAUGGGUUGUAUAAAGCACACAGGGGCAUUGCACAAGAUCCCGGGCCCUAUGCAUGCCCAUGAAAAUAUCCAGGUAAAAUAAAAUAUAUUCCAGACUUUUCAAGGGCCCUCUCUUCCUUUGGGGCCCUGGUAAUCAGUACUGGUUUUACCCCGAGUCCGACGCCCCUGAAAGCACAUAUCUCUUUGCAAUUGUAAAUUAUUUUGUGUUGACGUAUUUUAUGUUGAUAUGGACUGUAGAGCGAGAGCUUCGUGAGAUGUUGAGUAAAAAAAAAAAAGAGGAAACCAAAUGCAUGUUAUUUUUUUCUCAAU